UUAUUUUGGUAAACACCGUCAAUUAAUUCUUUCAUUUGAAGAUCACAGCACAACAGUGUCUUCUAAAGCAACUACACCACGGACAUCCAGAAAAACCAUUCCAGUUUAUGCACACACAGUAGGAAUUGCUGAUGUUCAGUUUCCAUACAGACAUGGAGGGCAUGUGAAACUUAAUGGGCAAGAGAUAUGUUUUAAUACAUUCACCAAAAUCGCCGGAGAGGCGUUGUGUCAGUCUAAAGGACUCAAAUACAGUUCCUUCUCUCGAACUAUUUUGUACAAUCGAUAUCGGUCACAAUUGCUACAUUGCUCGUCCAUUGAGCUGGCCUCGUGUUACAAGUUUCAGCGGAUCUGUCAGGAUGCCGUCGAUCUUUACUGCACAGGUUAUUCCACUGAACCAGUUGUCACAACAACCAGCGCUCCGACACUUGUGCGACUUGUCAAUGGUGAAAUGGAAACAGAGGGGAGAGUGGAGCUACUUCAUGACGGCAAAUGGGGAACAGUGUGUGACGACGAUUUUGACACGUCAGAUGGUGACGUCAUCUGCAGAAUGUUAGGAUACAAAGGGGCCAUUCGAGUUUUUGGCACUGCCCAUUUCUCCAACGGUUAUGGCCCUAUAUGGCAGGACAACCUGCACUGUAAUGGGGAUGAGGCAGACAUUGGGGACUGUGCCUCCAAUGGGUGGGGCAAUACCGACUGUGGACACGGCGAAGACGCUGGUGUUUCAUGUGAUCCCAACGACUUUCAAAUAGGAUAUUUCUCUCAGAGAGCCACGGUGGGAAAUCCAUGUAUUCUGACGUCUACUCCGUGUAGGAAUGGCGGCACGUGCAUAGCCGGCGCAAAGUACGGUUACAUUUGUAAAUGCCCUGUUGGUUUCGGAGGAACCUAUUGUCAAAGUGGAUUCGUCCGGACAACACCAAAACACACUUGCCAGAACAACACUUGUCAAAAUGGAGGAACAUGUUACCAAACCCGCCCCCAGGAUGACUACCACUGUUCGUGCCCGAGUGGAUAUACUGGAAACUUGUGUGAAACAGAUAAAAACACUGAAUCUAUUACUUCCGUUGGUUGCCUUGACGACGCAUGGAACAUUACGGUGUAUCUUCCACCGCUUCUUCAGAAAUACCCGGAUUUUAAUCCAAAGGAAUGCUACAUAGGCUUUGACAAUGCUAACUGCACGGGACAAUUGAACGGAAGCUACUUGUACUUUGGACAGGAUUACUCACAAUGCAAAACCAAAGAAAUGAAUUUGACAGAAGGUGUAGAAUACAGCAACGAGAUCAUAUGUGCCCACCACGACCCAUUAUAUCAUUUCAUCAUUCGUGAAAUUCAACUCCGCACGAACCUCCUGUGUAAAUUCUUCUCUUUCUCUUCCCUCACAACCAAAGAACGUCUUGUUCAUCUUCAGUUUUUCUCCAAUCCCUCGCUCUCGCGCUUGACGAAUUUCAAUACAUCUCAAGUUGGAGACAAUGUGUACGUAAGGGCGUAUAGUGACAUCACAAACAGUGCGCUCAGGAUGAGGCUCUCGCAUUGCUAUGUAACACCAACAAUUAUCACGGAUCCAAAGAUGCGGUAUUUUAUCAUCCAAAAUGGGUGUGUAAUUGAUCCAAACGCAGUCAUCUUUUACCAGGCUGUCCACGAGACGAGAUUCUCUUUUCAGUACUUUGAAUUCGCCACCAGUCGCGACCCCAUACACUUAUACUGUAAUGCUACUUUCUGCCCAAUCAAUGAUCAUUCCCCAACAUGUCGACCAACGUGUCAUAGUCACGUGAUCCGAAGGUCAGAUGGGGGUAACGUUAAUGACGACAUAGGUUACAAUGAUGAGGAGGAUUUCGAAGUUGAUUUACCCGACAAUCAGGCGCCAAAUGUCCAAUCAGAACACGACACAAGUGUGACGUCAGUUACCAUCAUAUCUGUUGUAUUUGGCGUUUUCAUCCUAGCCUUGCUGACAGUGGCAGUGGUUAUAAAAAUAAGGCCCAAAGAAAAUGUUUUGAAAAGAUGAGAUGUCCGCCUGCGUCAUCAAUACAUGAUUACGUCAUAAAUUCUGUUGCGCAAUCAGAAACGGAUAAGACAUCCUGUUCAGCAACCUUUCACUAUUACAUCAUGCAUCCAAAGAAAUCGGUUUAUUCACUGCUUUGAUCAUGAUUAUGCAUAAUGCGCUGACAUCAGCAAUUCAUAAAUAGCACUGUGCAAGCACAAAGUAUACACCAUAAAACAUUUUUCAUUUUAUUUCCUGAAAACCUCAAACACAUGCAUUUGUACAUUAACACAAAGUGAAAAAUGUGAUAUACAUGUGUUUUUAAUAAAACUAAAAUAUACUUUACAUUUUUUCUUUCAUAUGUACAUGUAAUUGUUACUUUCAAAAUAAGCCAGAAAUAAAAAACAAAUGUAAUGAACGUGUUUCAAACUUCUUGCAAUGUGAAAUACCUGCAGCAUGAUCUCAAGAAUUCAACUUGCAGAGAAGCAUUUAUUAACCUGGGAAACUUGUAAUACACAAUAAAUGUAUAUAUACACAUGGAAAGAAUUUGACAGCCGCAUGUUGACUAUCGCUUACUCCAUGAUAAAGAAAUUUUAUACUCAAGUCAAUAUAUAGUACCAAC